AUGUUUCACUUCAACAUUCCAGAGUCGGCUAUGGGUGUUAAUAUCCGAGCCCAGUCUGGUCAAAACAAAAAUUAUGUACGAUCGGUGAAAGACGUUUGUGAGUUACUGUGGGAUCGUGAACGGCUUCCAUGGUUGUGGCCAACGCCGUUAUGGAUUCUGUCCGGAAAAGCAGCUCGACUCGAGAAAGCCCUAGCCACGGUACAAGGUUUUACUCGUGAGGUAAUUGCGAAGAGGAAGAAGGUUUUUGAGCUAGAAGAAAAAAAUCCGCACAAGAAACCGGCUUUUCUCGAUCUUCUCCUUGGAAUGCAGCGGGCCAAUCGCCUUAGCGACGAUGAUAUCCGAGAGGAGGUUGACACCUUCAUGUUCGAAGGUCAGUACCAAACCUUAUCC